AUGGCCGACCCGUUAAGCAUUACCGCCUCGAUCGUGGGGAUAACCGCGGUAGCCCUCAAGGCGACGAAGUCACUCUACGAAAUGGUGAAAAGAUACAAAUGUCGUGACACAUCAUUACGGAGGCUUCAGAAUGAGCUGGAGGAUUUUACUAAUAUCUUAAACUCGUUAAUCGAAAUGUCUGAUGCUGAGCCGUCAGUGUUGAAGCUUCUUGAAGGUCCUAUUGAGCGAUGCAGCCAAGUAUGCUCGGAGUUUGAACAAUCGAUGGAAGAAUUUGCUAGAAAACCAAAGAUAGGGAUUCUAGAUUGGACAAAGAUGGAAUUUAAGAAGGGUGAUAUCAACGAAUUCAUAGACACCAUUGGAGGGUAUAAGUUAACUAUCUCAGUCGGCCUGGGCAUCAUUACCUUGCGUUCCUCCACAAAAGUCUCAUCCCGGGUUCUUCAAGAAUUUGAUGAGAAGAUAAAGGACACAGAAUUUCUCCUUGAGGUCCAUUUACAACGAAUUGAUGAGAAAAGGGCGCAAAUACUUGAAAAAAAUAUCCCAGCCAACAUGAACUUAGACCUGAGAGACGAGAGAGAAGUGACGAAACAAUGUCUUCGUGUUUGCGAAGACGCGAAGUCAUAUAUGGAUUCCUUAACGAAUCGGGAAUCGUUUCUACUACGAGAGGCGUCCCAGGCGCCCCAAGACUCUGCUGACGAUGAUACUCAAACCCUCUUCGAAGCGCAGUUACUAACACGCCAAGCUCUAGAGGGGAAUCGAAAUAACUUUGCAGAGAUUAUCGGCAUCCUUCAAAAACGCCUAAGGGCCCUGGUCCUGGACGAGGGCCCCGGAAACGACAGGGAGAGAAUACGGCUUCAGGAAGAGAUCAGUAUUUCGAAGCAGUGUCUUGAAGUGUGCAAGGUGGCCAACGAAGUUUCCCAUCAAAAGAUAUACAGAGUCGGCGAAGUGGUUGCCGAGGGUAGCAGUGACCAGGUAGUGGUGAAUACCUUUGCGGGCUUAUUUAUGGUCAAGAAAGCCUCGGCUAAAGACAAAUCGGCGCAGUUGGUCGGUUCAAUGUCUGAUGAAGCUCUUAGAAAUCUGACCGACAAACGAUAUAACAGUCGAUUCGGAACUCCAGUCGUCGAAUCCGAUCAUUUCGAAGCCAGGACCAAGAGCCCAACUCCUGACUUGGAAAGUCAGAGGAAUAAAUAUGCCCGUUCAUCACAAACCGAGCAGUCUCCCAGCCCAAAGCCGCAAUAUGAUAGGGCAACUUCCAACGAGGUGCGAAAACGGGGCGAAGGACGGCGUAGCCGGCUUCGGGGGGACUUGGACAUGUAA